AUGGCUGAAACAGAAGAAGAAUUAAAAGAAAAGAUAAUAAGAUUAAAUAAUUUAAUAGCCAUAAAAAAAACACAGCAAGAGCAAGAGAAAUCACAACCCCAAAAACAACAAAAUAUUAUACAGCAACCACAACACCAACCCCAACAUAAACCGAUUUUUAAUAAACUCCCAAUACUUAAACAAAAACCAAUUAUUAAAACUGGAAGUGUCGUAUUUAAUAAACCUGCAAGCACCUUACCCACACCACCAAAACCCUCGACCCCUGCUAUUAAAACUGGAAGCGUAUUUAUUAAUAAAAAUAUAACAUCCCCACCAAUACCGAAACCACCAGCACCACCAAAAAGACCCUUUAUCAAAACUGGAAGUAUUGUAUUUAACAAAUCUACAAAUAUUACAGCAUCAACAUCACCAAUACCGAUUAAAACUGGAAGUGUUGUAUUCAAUAAAACUACACCAGCUUCACCAAAACCCUCAACCCCCACUAUUAAAACUGGGAGCGUUAUAUUCAACAAAGCUGCUCCAUUAACACCUCCAUCUGUAAAUAUUAAUAAACCCCCUCCACCCCAAACAAAAUCAAUUCAACAAAAUGUAAUCUUUAGUGGAUAUAGACCAAAUUUAAACACCAAACCGUUAGGCUUUAAAAAACCAAUUUUAACACGACCCAUAUUAUAUUCAACUUUUAAAAAACCUUUAUCAAGUUUAUCGAUUUCAAGAAUGUACAAUAAUAAUAUUAAAACAAACACUUUAAAAAUUAGACAACAACAACAACAACAACAAAAACAAAUACUUCUUUUAAAGAAAUUACAAAACAAAAGAUUAAUAAUGGAUAAAAUAAAAAAAGGAAAUGCAUAUAACCCAAACUUUAUCAUAAAUAAACCAAAAGUUAUAGACUCAAUAUUCAUUAAAAAAGGAAAUAGUUUAGUUAGAAAGGAACUGGAUGAUAAAUAUGUUACAAUAGGUAAUAAACUAAUUAGACAAUCAAAUGAAAGUGAUAACAAGAAUAAUAAUACCACUACCACCACCACUACCACCUCAUUAUCAAUACCAAAAAUAACUAGACAACCAAUAAGAAAAAUUAUAAAAUCACCACCACAAUUUAAUAACACUAUACAUAAAAAUAAUAAUAAAAAAAUUAGCGAAAAAAUUAAAGAGGCAAUUGAAAGAAAAAAGAAGAUUGAUAAUUUAGAAAAGAAAAAGAAAAAAAAGAACUAUUGUUUAUUUUUUACACGUUUUGGAAAGUGUAACAAAGGAGAAAAAUGCACAUAUGAACAUGACCCACAAAGAGUUAGAGUUUGUACCAAAUUUAUAUCGGCAAGUGGCUGCGACGAUGUUGAAUGUAAACUUAGACAUCCAAAAGACUUAGAUUAUGAACAAAUGCCAAUUUGUCACAUGUAUUUAAGAGGUGUAUGCAUGAACGAUCCAUGUCCAUAUUUACAUGUCAAAUUUUCAAAAGAUACCGAAAUUUGUCCAGAUUUCCUUUUGGGCUAUUGUCCAAAUGGAUCAAAAUGCAAUCUUCAACAUAUUUAUAUAAAUUCAAAAAAGAAUUUCAAAGAUAACAAUAACAGUACCGAUAAUGGUGAUACCAAGAUCCAAGAAAAAGAGACCCAAAAUAUUAAAAAAAGAAAAAAAAAUGAUAUUGAUGUAAGUAGUAACAGCAAUCAAGACAAUGAUGGAAAUGAAGAAAAUGAAGAAAACGAUGAUGAUGAAGACAACUCCUUUUUAAUCUUAGGUCGACCAAACAAACGCCAUUUUAUAGAUGGCGAUCAACAAUCAUUUUUAUUUUAA